AUGGCGCAGCAUAAUUCUUUGAGACAAGAAAUAAUAUACGAAUUAGAAUUUGUGCAAUUAAUUGGAAAAAAAAUAUUCCUUUGCCCUUUUAUAGAUAGGAAUAAAAUUCAAAUGACUGGAUACUUUGUAACUCUCAUUUUGGUACUUUGUACAGUAAUUCAACUAACUCUAACGUUGUUCUCAAAUAACACUGAUUGGUUAGAAAUUACAAAUGUUGCCCCAAAUUUAGGAGUGGUUUUGAUGACUUUUAUAAAAUACGUGAAAAUCCAUAAACAUAAAAAUUUUUACAAUGAAAUUUUCUACCAUUUCCGUGAUGAAAUGUGGGAUAUUGUUGAAAUACGUUCUGCCGAUCACCAGAAGAUUAUCAAAAGUUAUAAAUGGAUAACUAUGUGCAUUAAUAGAUUUUUACUAUACUAUUCUAUUCCUCUCACUGUAAUCGUCGAUUCAUUUCCAUACAUAGUAAUGUUAUAUGAAGAGAAAUUCAAAGGAUACAGUGAAUAUUUAUACCCAUUUGAUGGAUGGUACCCAUUCGAUAAAAUAAAAUGGUACGCCGUUGCUUAUAUAUGGGAAAGUUUUAUGACAGCUGUUGUUGUAGUUGUAUACGGCUUUUCAAAUAUGAUACAUGCAUCUUUCAUAAUAUUUAUUUGUAUGGAAUUAAGAAUACUUGGUAGUAGACUAGAAGAACUUAUAAGUCCUGAAGAUAUAUUCGCCAUUAAUGAAAAACAUUACGCAGAUCAUAUUCAUCACAGAAUUCUUAGAGAUUUAAAAAAGUUAAUAGUCAAACAUGACUUUUUAACAAAAACGUCGGCAAAACUUGACGCAAUUUUGGGUGACGCGAUGCUUCUCAACUAUUCCCUUGGAGCCAUAUUCAUUUGCUUAACAGCUUUUACGUUCUCUGUACAAAGA